ACACAGCCUCAGUCGGUUUACUGAUUUCUCUGAACCUCUCUCUCCUCUUCUCCCUCGUGUGGACUCUCCUCUUCUCUCUCUCCUCUCUCUCUCGCGCGCGCGUCGCAGCCAUGGUGGAGGCGACGCGGCAGCGGAGGAAGCCGCUGGUGCUGGCCUCCACGCAGGCGCUGCUCGACUCGCUGCCGGGGGACCGCCGCGGGUCGGCCCUUCCGCCGCCGCCGCCGCCGGAGCCGGUGCGCAUCAGGGCCGGGGUGCUCCGCUUCCCCAACUCCUCCUCCUCCUCGUCUUCCGCGGGCGGAGGCGAGUUCGGGGAGGCCGCCUCCUUCGUCGCCCUCCCCUCGUCCGCGCUCCGCCGGCUCGCCGUCGUCACCGGCACGCCGGUGCUUGUGAAGAAUGCUGACAAUAAUGUCGGAAGGAUUGCCAAAGCAGUAGUACUUGAUCACCCAUGCCUUGAUGAUUCCCUGACAGAACAUACUGAGCCUGUGGACGCAGCCUCUCCCUUGGAUAAUGCCAUGGGUAUCUUACCCUGUCGCUCUUUUCCAACAAACGGCUUUCCGCCCUUGGAUGAAGAGGUCGCUUAUGUUAGCCCACUUCUGGCAUUCAAUCUGGGAGUCCAUGUCUCUUGUCUCAAGCUUCUUGUUCAAAAAGGAGAGAAACCUUUCAAGUUCUGUUCUAAAGUUGAAGAUAGUGAUCUGGCUGCUGGUGAAGAAAGUAAUCCUAUUCUUCACUUAGAGAUUCUUCCAUCCCCUCAAGUGCCGAAACAUGCUUUGCAUUUGCGGGUUUCUGUUGUGAGGAUUCCUGAAUGUGGUGUGUUUGCUUCUCUAAAGGCAAAUUCAGCCAUUGGAGGAAGUGACUACCAAGAUAUGAUUGAUCAAGCUCUGAAUGAGCACUUUAAGUUUGAUAGGUUCCUAGCGAGAGGGGAUGUUUUUUGCAUAAGGAACAAUUGGAAUUGUGGCGCAACCUCCUGCCUUGCAUGCAACAGGGAGGACAAUAGACUCCAUCCUCAUGAUAUGAUUUACUUCAAGGUGACUGGCAUGGAACCAUCAGAUGAACCAGUUCAUCGCGUCAACUGUAAUCAAACAGCCCUUGUUCUUGGGGGAGGUGCUUCUGCUUCAAUACCCCCUUACAGUUUGUUUGCUUCUCCUGGUGCUUCAGUUCCUUUGCACAGUGAAAUAGUGGAGCAUUUAGCAUCUAUCAUUGCACCAGCACUAUGUCCUUCAAACAUUUUGCCAAAAGUCAAGUUUUCCACUUUCUUAUACGGGCCUUCAGGAUGUGGGAAGCGGACGGUAGUCAAGCAUGUUGCCAACCAUUUUGGUUUGCAUGUGGUUGAGUGUAGCUGUCAUGAUCUAAUGACUUCAUCAGAUAGCGGGGCACCAGCUGCACUUGUGGCUGCCUUCAAAGAAGCUCAUAAGUAUUCACCAUGUAUAAUACUUCUUCGCCACUUUGAUGCUAUUGGGAAUACAUCCUCCAACGAAGGGACACAAUCUGCGCAAUCUGGCACUGCAGCAAACAUUGAAUCCGUCAUCAAGCAGUACAUUGGACAACAUUGGGUUGCUACGGAAUCGCUCCCAGCAAGAGAUAUAAAUGGAAAUCCAUACCUUGUGGAACCUGAAUGUGUAAGCCCACUUCAAGUUAUACUAGUUGCAACUGCAGAUCGUGCUGAAGGAAUGCCACAAUCAAUUAGGCGAUGUUUCCGCCAUGAGAUAAACAUGAAAAGUAUAAAUGAAGAACAGAGGAGGAACUUGAUAUCUGAAACACUCCAUUGUGUUUCAACGUCAGCUGAUGAGAGUAUAAAUGACAAGUUCGUAAAAGAUUUAGCAGUACAAACGUCUGGUUUCAUGCCAAGGGAUAUACUUGCAUUGGUUGCAGAUGCUGGCAUAUCUUUUGCACAUAAAGUUGAAACGGAUAAAAAUAAUAGCGAAGGUGAUAAGCUUAAAGGCAUCCUUCCUACAAGCUCUUCUAGCUCUCAAAAUGAAGAAAAAACUUUUUGCAAAGAAUAUAUUUUGUCUUCUCUAGAACGGGCCAAGAAAAGGAAUCGUGCUGCACUGGGUACACCCAAAGUUCCUAAUGUCAAAUGGGAGGACGUUGGUGGUCUUGAGGAAGUGAAAAAGGUUAUUCUAGAUACUAUUCAGUUACCUCUGUUGUAUAAGCACCUUUUUUCUUCUAAAUUGGGGAAGCGGUCAGGUGUCCUGUUGUAUGGACCUCCUGGCACAGGGAAGACAUUAUUGGCAAAAGCUGUAGCAACAGAGUGCUCUUUAAACUUUCUUAGUGUAAAAGGUCCAGAAUUGAUUAACAUGUAUGUUGGAGAAUCGGAGAAGAAUGUAAGGGACAUUUUUGAGAAGGCAAGAUCUGCACGGCCAUGUGUAAUUUUCUUUGAUGAGCUUGAUUCCCUUGCUCCUGCACGAGGAUCCUCCUCAGAUUCCGCAGGUGUGAUGGAUAGAGUAGUUUCACAGUUGCUUGUGGAGAUUGAUGGGUUAAGCGAUAACAGUCAGGAUCUUUUCAUUAUUGGAGCUACAAAUAGGCCUGACCUUCUUGAUUCUGCACUUCUCCGGCCUGGCCGCUUUGAUAAGCUUCUCUAUGUUGGUGUAAAUUCAGAUGCAUCAUAUAGAGAAAGGAUCCUGAAAGCACAGACACGCAAGUAUAAGCUCCAUGAGAAUGUUUCUCUCUUGUCAAUUGCUCAGCAAUGUCCUCCAAACUUUACCGGUGCUGAUAUUUAUGCGUUAUGCGCAGACGCAUGGUAUCAUGCUGCUAAGAACUUGGCCAAAACACUUGAGGCUGAUCCUUCAAGAACCAGUGAAGCCAGUGCUGAUGACGUCAUUGUUGAGAUAAAUGAUUUCAUGACAGUGUUAGGGGAUAUCACACCAUCGUUGUCUAUAGAAGAAUUACAAAACUAUGAACAGUUGAGGAAGAAGAUUGAGGGACCAUCUAGAUGACGUCAGUUAAGCCUUCAUUCUGUGCUACCAUAGCAACCUAAGUUUCAGUGUAUUUGACACAUGGUGGCCAUGACGAAAGCAUUGGCUAGUGAUGAAUGUGGCACCAUUUUUCUUUCCACCAUGCCAGAUCUUCCGGGCUCCAGUUAUAUUUUGACUUCAACACGAGCUAACUGACCUUAUCUGCAAAGGCAUUAUCAUCUAGAAUCUAGACAGUUUCUGGUUCUGCUUUAGUUAGGGUUCAACGAAUUGACUCAAAAUUGCAAACGCUGCAUAGCAUUCAUAUAUAGAAAGUGAGUAUACUCAUGUAUCAUCUCAACUAUGUAUCCUCCUGUCCUCUAUCCUUCAGAGGACAAUACUGCUACGUUUUGUUGGCAACCUUUUCCUUUGUCAACUAGAUAGUCUGCACCUUCAGCAAACUAAUCCUAGCAUACUUUUCUUUCUAACAUUUGAUUCAUUUGUUGAUGCCCUUGAAUAAUUGUCAUAAACUCGUUAUCAA